AUGGUCAACGUCAUCACGCGAGGAGCUAGGUGCGAUUGGCUGCAAAGUGUUCCUGUAGAGUCGAUUCCUGCAGACACGUUUAGCGGGCUGUUAAGUCUUCAAACUCUUUUCCUGCGUAACAUAUCAGACACGUUGACUAAGCUUGAUAAGGUCGCCCCUGAUGGGUUACCAGCCUUGCAAGAAGCACACGUUGAUGACUACCGUCUUUGCUGUGCCUUAUCCAAGUUGCAUCACUUUUCGAUCGAGCAAAACUGUUCAACUACAAAGCCUCAACCAGAUUUGAAGCUGUGCGACAGCCUUAUGCCAAAUGACAUACUACGAGUGGUGUUGUGGGUAUUGGGAAUAAGCGCCCUUAUUGGUAAUCUGACUGUCCUGAUUUGGAGACUUAAACAGAAAGGGGACGGAGGGGGUAAAAAGACGCUCUCACGUAUGGUUGGACAUCUGGCAAUCGCAGACUUCAUGAUGGGUGUGUACAUGAUAAUCAUAGCUGGGGCAGAUCUUGCGUUUGGCGAGGACUACUUUCUUGUGGCCCCUGAGUGGCGCUCCAGCAUGUUGUGUAAAGUUGCUGGAGUUCUGUCAGUUCUGUCCAGUGAGGCAUCCGUGUUUUUUGUGACACUCAUCAGCUUUGACUGCUUCCUAGGCAUUGUGUUUCCGUUGAGAAACUUCUCUCUUGGGGGAAAAUCAACAACAACUAUCAUUGCUGUCUUGUGGUUUCUGGCACUUUGUCUGAGCAUCGUGCCAACACUUUCAGUUGGGUCUGAUUCUGAUAUAUAUGGACUUUCGGAUGUUUGUAUCGGCCUUCCUCUUACCACUAAGGCAUCUGAUGUGAGAAACGAGACUCUUUCUAGGUUUAAAUAUUCCUUCAGAUUACCUGUACUCGACAUUAAGACUUCUGUAUCCACAGGUGAGAAGCCAUCUUGGAUCCUGUCAAUCGUUCUCUUUCUUGGUGUCAAUCUGGUUUCAUUUCUUAUUGUCCUGAGUUGCAACGUCGCCAUCUUCAUCAGUGUCAAGCGGACGACCAGGGCUGUCCGAGCGAAUGCCCACAGGGAGCGUGAAAUCAAAAUGGCGGCCAAGAUGGCGUUGAUCGUGAUGACGGAUUUCUGCUGUUGGAUGCCAAUAAUCAUCCUGGGGAUUCUGUCUCAGACAGGAACAGUCGCUCUAUCCACCGAGGUGUAUGCAUGGGUUGCGGUUCUGGUUCUGCCAAUCAACUCGUCUCUCAAUCCUUUGCUUUACACUUUCUUCACAGUUUGUUUCGCGGCUAAACCAAAGGCAAAAACCCCGAAAGUGAAUCAGCGCAUACAGUUGUCUGUUAUUGCAAAGUAAUUCAUACCUAAAAGGAUAUGGAUAUAGCCGUGGCUUUGAGCUGCGCAAAAGACAUGGCGAAAUCGAACCCUGGUAUCAAGGCCAAGCAUAUUUUAGUUUUUAAUCAACUGCUCAUUUACAUACUGUGGAACACUCUCAAAACGCUG